GCGCCUCUGCUGACGAGGAACAGGCUCAGUGACGUGAGCCAACACUCCUGCUGCUGCUGCUCGGCCGCUGCUGAAAGGCGAUAACAGAACUGCAGGGUCUACCAACCUGCUGCACUCCAGGGGAACCCCAGCCGGUCCGGGUUUUACACCUUUCCCAGCUCCAAACACACACCUGAGUCAGAUGGCCCCCAAGACCAUGGAGCCCAUGGCCAGAAGAAUAUUCAAGGGAGUUAUUCUUCUGGAGGUUGCUGGUGUGUUUGCAGCCUAUGGGCUGUUUCAUAAAAUGAAUUCCAGCCAAGAUUUUAGAGGCACAGUAAACAAGUACUUCCCAUCAGUUCUUGAAGUUUUUUACAAGUCCAAUGAGUGGUCUGGAAUUUAUGGCAUCCGGGAAGCAGAUCGGGAAGCGUGGUCUAAGCAAGAUUAAAAGGCACACAGAUACCCAAGAGGAUGUCAGACUGUUCAUUUCUUUCUGCCAGCAGUUCUUUUGGCUGGUUUGGCUUUUCCAAACUGUUUCCUUUUUUUAAACAUGUUCUUUUUCCUCCGGAGCGUCUUCACGUCGCACCCUCGGAUCCAGUCGUCACGCUGGGCUUCCCAUUUCAGCUGUUUGACACCUGGAGGAGGAAAAAGAGAAGGGUAGGGUUAGUCUGCUACAACAGAAAUAAGUACAGUGAUAAAGUGAGCAUAUAGAUAGGAACAGUGGUGAAUAAUGAGCAUCACUAAUGGUUCAUUAUUUAUAUGCUGACAGGCCCCUGUAUGUCAGUCAGCACAGUCACUUCACCCUUGUGGAGGAAAUUUGGCUAGCAUCUAGCCAAAUCAAUAAAUACAACUGUUUAAUCCAA